CUACUAUAACUCUCCAUGUAUUAAACAGAGAUAGAGAUAACUUAAGUAACUAAAAGUAAAAGAGUUAUGCUUAACUGAUUGCUCUUUAUGUAUUUUUAUUAACGAACGAACUUCAGUAAAAUGGAGAACUGAGAAGGAUUUUAUUGUUUUGUAUGGAAGUUGUGUUCAUAAUAAUGUGUGUGCUCAAGAACAUAAUAAUUGUGGUAUAGACUGAUUGUUCGGGCAUCUGUGGUCAUUUUAUAGACAAAGAAAAUUACAGACGUCCAUAAGGACUGUAUAUAAGAAUGUUUCGACACCUUCUAAUUAUGUCAGGACUAUCCUCCAGUUGCACAAGGGAUUGUUCGGGAAGAGGAGAAUGUUACAAUGGUACUUGCAUGUGCGAUAUCAGGUUUACAGGAGAUCUCUGCGAUGGCCCCAAUUUACCUUACCAUACAGGUAUUGGAGGAGUCUUCUUCUUCAUCAGUCUAGUGUGUGCUAUUCAACUAAUAACAUGCAUUAUGUCUGAAUAUAGAAGAUUGAAAUCACCAACAUUGUUUAGGGCGUGCAAAGUAACUACACAGAAGUUGAUCUAUUUCGUCAUUUGCUUGGCCAGCUUGAUACGGGGUGCAUAUUUCAUCUUUCCUGAAUUGUUUGAAUACGGCUGGUCAAACAGUCUACUCUCCUCCUACUAUCCGCUUCUAAUGUCGAGUGCUUCGCUGAUUGUUUGUUUUUGGGCAGAGGUAUUCCAUUUACCGGGAAUUCGAUGGGACCGACCGCAGUUUCUCUCCAAAUCUUUUCUGGCCUUUGUUACUUUUAAUUUGAUCAGUUACAGUCUUCUUUUAGCCGAAUUUUUGACCACUCAACUUGCUGAACCACCCUCAGAUGAUCCCGGUUUCUACCAUCAUCUGUUCAACGGUUGCUAUGCUGUAUUGAUGUUCAUCGUUGUUAUUUUCUUCUUGAUCUACGGAGUGGAAGUCUACUUUAAGGUCAGAGGAGGAUUCAUCGCAAGACCCCUACAACUGGCUGGCAACUCUUUCGAAACGGAGCCUUUGAAAGAUGAGGCUCUCUUAAAGACGCAGAUUAAUUCGUCUCAGUUGCAUCAAUCCAGAAUAGGACUUUUAAGUCAAGCUCUGAUGUUGAUUGUGAUAUCCGGAUUCUUGUUUUCGGAAACUCUCUCAGAAUUUUGGAAAACUAAGGUGCCAAUAAACUCCAGGAACCUGCACAACAUAAUCUUUAGAGUGGUAGAAAUAGGCGUUGCCGUAUGGUUUCCAGCGGUAUUGUGGAACUGCAUGCAACCCUCCGAGCUAUGGAUACUGAAUCCGAGAAAACUUUUAGCCAAAAUAGACCAAUCGAGGAACGAAAACGUUACCGAUCAAAAUGUUAAGACUGACACCGACGACGAAGCUUUUCUGGAUAGACGAGAGUGUUGGAUAUGCUACGACGCCGAUAAAACCGAACCUCUGAUACAACCGUGCGACUGUACUGGCGACGUGUCGAGUGUUCAUCACGAAUGUCUUCGAAGAUGGUUAAUGGAAAGCUCUUCCUCCAGUAACGAACCUUUAAAAUGCAAAGUCUGCAAUUACGAAUACGACAUUUGUAAGAGCAGCGAAGUGAAAUGGGACAAAGGUUUUACUGCACAACACUGGGGAAGUACAGCCUGCAUUGUAACGUGCAUGUGUCUUGCCGUCGCCGGAGCUUGGAUCUCGAUUCAGUUGUAUGCAAAUCCGUACAUCAGAAUGGUCAGCGCCAGCCUGGCACUAUUGAUAAUCUACGUCUGUAUCAAGUUUUUGGGCCAAAAUACUCUAAGCGCUUAUCAGCGUGCCAAAGUAGCUGCGCUUAGUAUUGGAAGCCACGUGACAACAAUCAGCGCCAAUGUCAAUCCAACUGCCGAAGAUGCGCAACAAGUACAAGCCACUCUAUAAAUUUGAAGUGUUUUGAACACAUAUAUAGCAGAAAGGCCAUGAAAAAGUUAUGUAAAAUUAUAGUUCAUUUGUUUUAUUUCGUAGAUUUUGGUAUUCUAUAUACAUGAUAUUGUUGCCAAGUUUAUAAUAUAGAAUAGUAUAUCGGGAAAUAUAAAAAUUAGACAAAACGUUUAGUAGGAACAGUACAAGACGUACUGAGUAAUGACUACUAUAAAAAUAUAUUUACCAGUGUUUUACCAGUUUUUAAGUAUAUAUUGAAAUACUUUAUUCUACUUUAGUUUCGAAGAAUUAUGCAAAGUAGAUGGCGCAUGUUUUAAAAAUUUUUAAUGCUCUUUCUGAAUAUUCUUUAAAAGCUCUUUAUCUUGUAGCCCCUGUUUUAGGUAUUUUUGGUGAUAUUAGACAGUAAAAUAGGAACAUACGGAUCUAUUUCUACGUUUUUGUUUCCAGACUUGGUUGGUUUCUAACAAAUCUUCAUUUUUGCCAACAUAGUUGGUUUUUCUGCUUCAUUUGAUUCGUUGUGAUGUAUGACACUAAUCCAUACGUCCGAAUUAAUCUUGUCAUACAGUGCAUUGUUAAUUACCUUCACUGUAUGUUGCGGAAGAUGUUUAUAGUGGUGUAUAUAUAAUAGAUCUGGUCUUUGACGCUGGAAAAUUCGUGUAAAAUCCUCUCCGUGUGUUACUUCACCACAUAUUGCUAACUGAAAUUAGGAGCGUUAAUGUAUGUAUCGAAAAAGUUUUUAGUUUUAUACGCUUGUGAUAUGAUUCCCAUAAAAUCGUUUAAAGCUGUUCCCGAGCUUCAAAUAUACAUCGGGGAAGUACAUAUUCAUAGAUAUUUGCAUCAUAUGAAUAAACCAGUCAUCUAUUGAUAUUUUUUAAUCAUGAAAAGUAUAGAAUCGUCAAUUUUUAAUUAUAUUGCUAGCGCCUGAAGCAAAGUAAAAUCAAAUGAGUAAUAAUGUAUAGACGAAAGAAUGACAAAGGUGCACAAGCUCAAAGAAAUUAGUUGUUUUAUUUUUUUCUUCUCUUAAAUAUCACCUUUGUCAAUAAAUUCCGGUUCUAGCUAAUAGAACAAGAACUUUUAAGCAAAAAUUGGAUCUUAUUCGUCUACAUACAUACUGCCUUCUCGGGUUAAUUCCAACGCUUUAUUUGCCAACUUUUAUGUUGGGUCUUAAAACUACGCCCAAAAAUUCGUUUCUCUCCCAAAAUCUCUGAAACAUUCUUGUAAGGCUUGUAAACAGUCGUCAAAGGUAAAAUCUGAAUAAUACGGCU